CAAAAGUCAUUUUAUUCUCAGUCAGCGAAUCGUCGGAGCUGUUUCCGACUGUCGUCGUCCGCGUGAUAAAACGCAGUCUCUCUUCUAUCUCCUGAUAUCAGUGUUUCUCCCUGAAUCGCGACCUGAAAUCGUCAGGUAAUUCGGAUCUCACCCUUUGAGUGUUUUCUUUUCUUCUUGUGUUUGUUUCUUUUUUUUCUUUUUAUUUUUUUUUUCUUCUUUCCUUUCUCACAUUUUCCGCAAUUUCGAAACAUGAAAUCCGCCGUUUUCCUUAUCGCCGCUAUGAGCCUUGUGCUCUGUCAAGAGGGAGUUUUUCCCCUCGAUCUGAACACAAGUUACCUAUUUGGAAGCCUCCGAAAUGCCACCUUUAAAGCCGGAAACUACAUAUCGGACAGCAUUCAGAAGCAGAAAGAGAUGAUCAUUAACGCGAAAAACACGGCUAGUGAAUACGUUACGAAUGCGGUAGCAGUGCCAAGGAACGCGCUGAUCAAUGCCAAGAACGCGACCAAGAACUACAUUGACAGCACGGCGUCCAAGGGUAUGGAGGUCAAGUUCAGGGCGGUAAUGGAAACCAUCCGGGUUAAAAUGCCUUACGGAAUUCCCGCGCUUGACAUUCCUCCUCUAGAUCCUCUCAAAAUCGAACACGAGACGUACGAUCUGUCCCACAAGGAUGUCGGCAACAUUUCGAGCACCCUGGACAAAGCGACCAUUUCCGGCUUGUCGACCUUCGUAAUCGACCGGGUAAAGAUAUCCGUGAUUGGAGGUGUGAGCCUCGCGUUGAACCUGAGCGUGCCAGCAAUCCGGGGAAAUGGAGACUACGAAGUGCACGGAUCCAUCGGCCGGUUGUUUCCUCUGAACAGCACUGGACCCUUUGAAUUCGAGGCGCAGGACAUCCGCUUCUACAUCCACGUCGUCCUGGGCUACUCAGGAUCGAUGUACGUCAAGUCACUGGACACCGAUUUCUCCAUCCGGUCCGUUAAGGCGCGAUUCUACCACCUGUUCAAGAAUCCGGAGACGGACAAGACGAUGAACGAGAUCAUCUCCGAACUGGUACCACAGCUUUUGGAGGUCGUUAAGCCCGAGGUGAAACCUAAACUUGAAGAAGUCAUCGCCCAGAGGAUAAACGCCUCUGUAGCUCAUCUGAACGUAGGGAAUAUCCUCGGGAUCCUCACCGGGACAAUCGACCUUCAGACCAUGGCUCAUCUCACCAAAUCGGGUCCUCAAAUCCUGCAGCCUCUUAAGCGUUGACCAAAAACCGGUUUUCUUAUAUCAUAGGUAUUAAAUCUUGCGAUCGGUAUACGACGGAAGAAUUAGUAAUCAAUAAAUUUAUACUUCUCUUU